CCACGGCGACGUCGGCGACACCAGCAACGCCACGGCGGCGGUCAGCGCGGAGGGUCCGUCCGGGGUGCUGUCCAGGAAGCGGCGGUACUUGACCUUCCCCAGGGGCAGCUCCAUUCAGCUGGUGUACUGCAUGUCGGUGCGCGGCUACGUGCCCUUCCAGACCAUCUUCAUCUUCGGCAUGACGGCGGGGCUGGCGUGGCAGCUGCCCACCGAGGCCGAGCAGGUGUACCUGCAGCGGCGCAGCGUGGGUCAACACCCGGACCGCGAGCACCGCGUCAAACUGUACCGCUCCGUGCAGACCUUCCUCAACCAGCGCGGUCUCAAGGGCGAGGAGUGCGUUCAAAGGACCGUCUGCGAGAGCACCAGCCCUCGCCAGGGCAAGCGGAACUUCAUGGAGGAGGUCAUCAAAGUGCUGUUCAGCCUGCCGGAGAGCGACGCGGAGGGCAGCACACUGUGGGACGAGGCCAAGUACAACGGCACCCCGUGCAGCAAACGCUUCCCGCGCUGCGCCUCCAUCCUCGAUGUAGCUCUGCCUCCCCAAGCCCAGGAAUAAACUCGACUUCGCCCUCCUUCUGUCGUCUCUUUCCAACUUUCCCAGCUCUGCACACGCGUCUUACGGUAAACGUAAAAUAGUUGGGUGGAAGGGAGAAAAAAAAACACAAUAAUGGCAGUGUAU